UUGCCUAUAAAAGCCCGUCUCCAAGCGUUGUGUCGCCAGUCUCUUCCUGUUCUUAGUGCUGCUGUUGUUCCUUGUUUCGGAAGCCGCAGUGGCUGUGAAGAUGGCGUCUACCAGCCGUUUGGAUGCUCUUCCAAGAGUCACAUGUCCAAACCACCCUGAUGCGAUUUUAGUGGAGGACUACAGAGCUGGUGACAUGAUUUGUCCUGAAUGUGGCCUGGUUGUAGGUGAUCGGGUUAUUGAUGUGGGAUCCGAAUGGAGAACUUUCAGCAAUGACAAAGCAACAAAAGAUCCAUCUCGAGUUGGAGAUUCUCAGAAUCCUCUUCUGAGUGAUGGAGAUUUGUCUACCAUGAUCGGCAAGGGUACAGGAGCUGCAAGUUUUGAUGAAUUUGGCAAUUCUAAAUACCAGAAUCGGAGAACAAUGAGUAGUUCUGACCGAGCAAUGAUGAAUGCAUUCAAGGAAAUUACUACCAUGGCAGACAGAAUCAACCUCCCUCGAAAUAUAGUUGAUCGAACAAAUAAUUUAUUCAAGCAAGUGUAUGAACAGAAGAGCCUGAAGGGAAGAGCUAAUGAUGCCAUAGCUUCUGCUUGUCUCUAUAUUGCCUGUAGACAAGAAGGGGUUCCUAGGACUUUUAAAGAAAUAUGUGCCGUAUCACGAAUUUCUAAGAAAGAAAUUGGUCGAUGUUUUAAACUUAUUUUGAAAGCUUUAGAAACCAGUGUGGAUUUGAUUACAACUGGGGACUUCAUGUCCAGGUUCUGUUCAAACCUUUGUCUUCCGAAACAAGUGCAGAUGGCAGCUACACACAUAGCCCGUAAAGCUGUGGAACUGGACUUAGUUCCAGGGAGGAGCCCAAUAUCUGUGGCAGCGGCUGCUAUUUACAUGGCCUCACAGGCUUCAGCUGAGAAGAGGACUCAAAAAGAAAUUGGAGACAUUGCUGGUGUUGCUGAUGUUACAAUCAGACAGUCCUACAGACUAAUCUAUCCUCGAGCCCCAGAUCUCUUUCCUACAGACUUCAAAUUUGACACCCCUGUUGACAAGCUACCACAGCUGUGAAGUGAGGCAGCUGACGUCAGACUCUUGUGAACACUGAACUUUGCCUGUUGUACGUAGCCCGUACACAGUGCUGGAUCGAGCCUUUAAUGAGGAAGGAGAAAAGACGUGGUAUGCAUUCCAGGGCUAAAUAUUAAUUGCUUGGCUUUCUGUAUGUAUAUAUUAGUGAAACAUAUUUAAUGACUUAAAUUUCCUAUUGAAUUUGCUUUCUUUUGUAGCAAUCUAGGAAGCUGUAUUUUGGAAGAUAUUUGAAAUGAUGUAAUUCUUGAAUAAACCAUUUUUCAAAAUUAAAGUUUUUGUUAUAAUUACAAGUCAUAAGUAAUUUAUAAUAUAUAAUUACAAAUAAUGCAUCAUCGCAGCUACUAAAGCUGAUAGGAGGCAUUGUUUUAUUUUUCUUUAUAUAUAUUCAGUUUUUUAUUUUAAUAAAGUCAUGGAAAUAAAGGCUUUUGAGAACCAUUCUUGACAUGAACAACAUUUUUAGAUUUUGUGAAGGGAUGUGUGUGUAUGUAAUUUAUGAAUAUAUACAUUAGGAAGCAAGAAGGGAUGAGCUGGACCUCGAAAGGCACUGCCUUGAGAGAGAGAAAUGUUUGUGUUUUUCCUCGUUGAGCUUGGUGAGCAGAGAUGGUGAGGCUGGUUUACAGAUAACAGCAGACAAUGAAUGUGCAACAAAGCUUAAUUUUCAGAUUUUAACAUUUCGUUUUAUAAAAUCUACAUACAGUCCGCCCCCCGUAUCCAUUGAUUCUGCAUCCGCAGAUUUAUUUAACUGCAGAUUGAAAAUAUUCAGGGGAAAAAAGUUCCAAAACAAAAAUUUGCUGCACACUGAGCACAACACUGAGUCCACGCGAAUGAAGUGAUGCGUGGGCAUACCCUGCUGUAGCAUCCUGCCACGUCACAGAUAUGUCUAUGUCCAGCACUUAUUUGAGCAUUGUUCACCUGGCAUCUUGUUUGCUACUUUUGUUGUGUUACCCUUUGUUCCUGUGAAAAAAUGGAUCCUAAAAAGCAGUGAAGUGAAAGCAGUCCCUCAAAGGCUAAGCGUGAUGGGGUUGAGGAGAGUGAGAGGAAGGAGUCUCAGGCUAGUAAGGGGUGGCUGGCUAGCUAUGGAAAGUGCUACAGCCUCAAGAACUUUGAGAUCAUGGAAGAAUCGGCACUGAUUGAUGCUCAGGCAGCAUCAGCAUUCCCAGAGGAGCUCAAGAAACUUAUAGAAGAGCAAGGCUCCCUUCCAAAGCAAGUCUUUAGUUGUGAUGAAACAGCUAUUUAUAUAGCAUUUUACAUCGUAUUAGGUAUUAUAAGUAAUCUAGAGAUGGUUUAAAGUAUAUGGGAGGAUGGGCAUAGGUUAUAUGCAAAUAAGCAACUUUACAUAAGAGCCUUGAGCAUCCCUGAUUUUGAUAUGGGCAGCGGAGAUCCUGGAGCUAAUCCCCCAUGGGUACUGAGGGACAACUAUAUAAAUCUUUGUUGUAUUUUAUUGGGAUACUCAUAGGGUGAAGAACAGUUAAAAUGGGGUUUGGGUUCUGGGAGUGUUAAGGAAUUUUUUUUUAACAAGUGCCCUUAGGUGAUUAUGAUGUGCAGUUGUUUGAGGGUCUCUUGACUGCUAGAUGAUAGACAGGCACUAGGAGAAGACCAACAAAAUAUUUGCCCUCAUACCAGCUGUGUAGUUUGUAUAGGAGACAUGAAUCCAUGCAAGACAUCACCACUGUAAACCACCUUUCUCUAAAAACAGGGUGCUUACACAUCUGUGAAGGGCUUUGUACUAGAAGGACAGUCUCCUGUUGUGACCUGGUGAUCAGGUCCAGACUAGUGCAGAGAGAAAGUUUCCCCCGUUAGGAGAUCAAAUGCCCACUGAUGUUUCUACUUAGCAUGGGACGGGGCGAGGGGGUGGUGCUAAUCAGGACUCAUGAAGGCAAAUGGUCUUUCUCCCUUUCACAAAAUAUAGGACAUUCAAACAAAUACAACUCAAAGCUGGGGAGUCCACCCAAAAAAAAAUGCAAGAAUUCUAUAACCCAAACACAGGAUUUCAAGGCUGGCAAUGAAAUUUAUACUCCAGGCAGGUAGAAUCCAUCCCACCCAGAGUGAGAGGCAAAAGAAAUUUCAGGUCAGUGUCUCCUUCCCGGACACCGUUUUUGGUCACCAUUACACAGCUCCACAUUUGCAAGUAUGGAAAGAGCAGCAGUGCUCUGUUACUUUGGGGUUUCUUUGUUUUUCUUCCAGCUGUCAGUGCACUAUUUUUAAAUAUGGUGAUUUAUGUAAUAUAUAAUGACUAGUCACACAGUCCUGCCCAGUCACCUGGGUGAGUUACAAGACCAUGGCUAGAAAAAGCCACACACACAAGUAAUCCACUGCACUUAGUGUCUUAGUUAUCUAGUGCUGCUAUAACAGAAGUACCACAAGUGGAUGCCUUUAAUGAAGAGAAAUUCUCUCAAAGUCUAGGAGGCAAAAGUCCAAAUUUAGGGUGCCAACUCCAGGGGAAGGCUUUCUGUCAGUUCUGGGGAAGGUCUUUGUCAUCAAUCUCCUGGCCUAGGAGCUUCUCAGCGCAGGGACCCCAGUCUAAAGGACAUGAUCCACACCUGGUGCUUCUUCCUUGGUGGCGUGAGGUCCUUCUCCUUUCUACCCAAUUCUCUUUAAUUUCUCAAAAGAGAUUGACUCAAGAUACAACCCAGUCCUGUAGAUUGAGUCCUGCCUCAUUACCAUAACUGCCUGUAAUCCUGCAUCAUUAACAUCAUAGAGGUUAGGAUUUCCAACACAUAGUAUAAUCACAUCAGAUCACAAAAUGGUGGACACCCACACGAUACUGGGGAUCAUGGCCUAGAAAAGUUGAUAAACAUUUUGGGGGGGCACAGUCCAUAAUACUUAGAAAUUCAAAAUAUUAUCAUGGCCAGGUCUUGCUAACUGAUGGUUAAGGUUGUGUGUCAAUUUGGCAGGGACAUGAUUCUCAGGGGUUUGGCAGUUGUAUGAUGUAAUCACUUCCAUGAUGAGAUUUGAUAUAAUGUGAUGACCUCCAUGAUGGAAUCUGCUCCGAGUAGCCAGUCAGUUGAAAGGGAGUUUCUUUGGGCAUGUGGCUUGCAUCGAGUGUAAGUGGAUAUUAUGGCAUGACUUGUGGGUUUUUCCUCUUUCUGCGUCCUGCAACUGGCUCCUGUUCGCCUGACCUUUGGUUCUUGGGAACUGGGCUAGCAGCUUACCUACAGUCUUGCCUGCCGUCCUUGGGAUUUGCCCAUCCUUGUAGCCUGUGAGCAAGAGCUCUGCUCUCUGACCUUCUGAUCUUGGGUUUGCCAGCCCCUGCAGCUACAUGAAUCAGGAGAAGCCUCUAUCCUGACCCACAGACUUGAGAUGUUCCAGCCUCUACAACGGUGUGGGGCAUUUCUUUGAUAUAAAUCUCUAUGUAUGUGUUUAUAUGCUUUACUAGUUUUGCUUCUGUAGAGAACCCAGCCUAAGACAUUUGGAUCAAAAGUGGGUCUAGAGAAACAAAAUUGUAAGGAUGAGUUUUCUAAAUCAGUUCUCAAGUCUGGUUAGUUGUAAAGAUGAUGACUUUGCUUCCAGUAAUAAAGAGUGCACUGCUAAUCCACGGCAUGAAGUGGCAAUACAAAAACGCAAAAUAUCACCACGUAUUGGUGAAAGGCGAGGCUCUGGGUGAUUGCACAUGUGAUACCUUUCUACAAUUUUGUCAUAAUAAGAAGUAUAAGGUCCUACUUUUCGCUAGACAAACUGGUGAAAGGAAUGAGCUCAAGGCCUCAGAGUCAAAGCUCAAGUGCUGCAUAAAUGACCUCUGAUUUCCAUUUGGUCCUUGAAAGAAAGGCUUAUUUCUUGUAGUAAUAGAGCCGAUAUUGCCAAAAACCAAACCCCAAGUCUUAUCAUAAGAGUGGCUGAAUUACAAUGUCAACUCAAUUGCCAACCUUGAGAGGUGUCUGAAGUUAAAGUGAGGGCAUAGAUUGGAAAGAAAUGGGAUCCUGAAACUUGAGAUGGGGACAUAUGGGUAGAUAAUCAGGAAGCUGGAGACACUGAGCCCAAAAUUCUGUUGAAUCACUCCUGCCAACAGAACCAGCCCUCUCGUUCCCAUCUGAAGAGA